AUGGAGCCUUCUCCUCUUACUCAACAAGCUCGUCCUGAAGUAUUCCAACAGAAGAUUGUAGAAUUGUACGAGGCUCUGCUCAAGGAUGAAGAUGAACCCGAGAAGUCGGAAGGAUUCUGGAAAGAGUUCUUUUUGUUGCGACCGAAUAAAGCUACAUUGCAAACUAUUCUAAAUGAAUUGAGUGCAGAUGACUUGCUACAUCUUCAGACUACCACAGCCUUUCUCGCAGCCGUUCUUUCAAAGAAAUAUACAAAUCCAAGUUCAGAUAUCAUCAGUAUUCUUGCAGGAUUGGAUCAUGUGGAUGCGGUAUUUACGGAUUUUGUUGCAGCUUUGGAUGUCACAAUUCGAACUGGGAGGAGUUUGGAUAUACGCCGGAAGGCUGUUGAAGCAGCAUUAUCGUUUAUUCAAGAAUCAGAUACAACUUCACUCGCAUUUGAACCAUUUACCCUCCUCGGACUUCUAGUUAAUUAUAACAAAUUCGAAUUUCAAAACCCUUACAGGUUACGCCUCGAUGAUUUUGUCAAUGAAGGAACUAUACAAAAGAUAAUACGUUCGGUGGGUCAUACGUGUACGACAUCGAGAGCUAGAUAUAUUGCGAUCCAGGAUGAUAGACCAGAAGGAUGGUCAAUUGGGAGCACUUUGAGUAUGAUAGGUCUUGGCAAAAUCGCUCCUGGCUCAAAACCGACUACUCCAACCCUUGAUCCAGAUGCCGCAAAGGAGAUGUUCUCAAAACUGCCUGGCAGUGAAGCUGCCGUUCUAUUAGCCACGUACGACUUUGCGCAUGCAAAUAAACUAUUCUGCUUCAACUUGGUGUCGAUACCCGUGGAGAAAGGAGUCGAACAUCCUCUCAGUGCCUAUCUAUCAUUUACCUCAUACAUAUUGCAACACGCCCAUCUAUCCUCUCGAACGGGUUUCUAUGCGCAUACUAACCUCAUCGUCCUCCGAAUUUUAAUAGAAGAUCAAGUACUAUGCAAAAAGAUUUGCAGUGAGGAGAGCAAGAUGCCCGUCCGAUUAUGUCGGCAAAGACAACCAUUUUUACCUCUGGUCCGUGCAGAUAGGAUAUUUGCUGCUCAUGUACUGGAUGUUGCCAUUGAUGGUAUAAAUCAUAAUCUUAGAAAGAGAUUAGAUGUAGAUCUCUACAUUCUAUGCGUUGGCAUCAUAUUACGAAUCAUCUCCCAUCUCUCACGAUCUCGGACACGGCUUACAUAUCACUGGUCUGAACUGUUCCGAUCCCUACUAGCACUCAUACGAUUUCUUACCACUUACACUACGGACCUAAAGAACCUUUUAAACAUCGAAACACUACUCGAUGACGUGGUGAAUCUGAUUGCGUUAUCCCUAUCCGCCGGCGAAGCAUUCUUGCCCAGUCCGGUGGCAUACGAUGACUUGUUUUACAAGUUGGUGGAGACUGGGGAGGUAUUGGUGAAGUUCCGGGACAAUUACCAUCUUGGGAAACGACCGAAAAGUUCGAUCGAUACAUUGAUAAGUGUCAGCACACACUACAACCAAUUGCUCACAGAUGGGUCGACAGGAAAGAAGAAACACCUUACGAGUGUACAAGUUGCGGGGGUAAUAAAACAGGGGUAUGAAACGUUGAGUAUUCAAGCUAAAGAAGGACUUGAUGGAUGGGAGAGAUAUAGAGAAGCAGAUGAGAAGACAUUCCUGAAGAAGAUGGCCAGGACAGCCGUGGCAGAUGUCAAGACUCUUGUGAGCGAGAUAUAA